GUUCACGGCUCCCAGAGGCCCAGACAUGUCGGGGGUCCUGCCGCCUGCCUGACCCCCGGGCUGUCCCGCUGCCAGCACCGCAGCCGUCCCCCCUGUCCCCCGCCAAUGCCCCCGGGCGGAGGCUGUGCUGGCGUCCCAAGCGUGGGGCUGAGCCGGGGGUCCCACUUCUCCCCUCGGGGCAGCGGCGAUGGGGGCAGCUCUCUCCACCGGAGCAGUCGUUGCGAUUUCUUUCAACUGCAUCAUCGCAUUGCUCAUCCUCAUCCUCUUCCUCAUCCUCUGCAAGGCCUGCAGGACCCCGUCGUGCCCCAAGAAGGGCCCCCCCUCUGACGCAGAUGAGGCGAGGAACGAGGAGAAGUACCUGCUGCAGCCCUGAGCCGCGUGGGCAGGCGGUGCUGGGGAGCUCAGGGACGUGGGCACCCGGCGGUGCUGAAGGAGCAGCUCGUACCUGGACAUAGCGUCCAUACCGGGACGGUGGUGCUGGCCUGGCAGGAUGGGAGCGGAGGGGACGCUGAGCUGUUUGCAGGGGCAUGACGUGGGGCAGAGCCCUUCACCCCCGUGGUCUUGGUGCAUGGACGCCCUGCGGAUGCCCGUGGUGACUGCGAGGACGGAGACACAGCGGCUGGGGACGUGCUCUGGGGACAUGCACAGCCAGCAAGCGUGGCAGGAGCCGUGCCCUCGAGCACAUCCCGUGUUCAGGGCCGGCCCGCGGGCUCCUCCGUGGUGCUGGUGGCCCGGCUUUGGAUACACGCUCUGCCCUUCCCUUGGGGACAGCAGCACGUGGAGAUUCGGCCACCAGCUCCUCGUGGCAUCGCACACCUGAGCAGGGCUGGCUGGGGGCUCAGAGAGGGGAGGCAGUGGGGCCGGUA